AAGAGGAAGGCUGCGCUUCCGGUCUCCAUUUUACGGGAGGGAGGGAGAGCGGCCAUGGGUGUCUCCGGCUGCCUGAGGGAGCUGGGCCCCGGCUGCUGAGCCCGCUCCGAGCUCCUGCAGCUUCCAGCAGCUUCGUGUGGCCCCAGGGAGGGGGGAGGGGGAGCGGAGAGGGGCAGGGGCGGCAUGGAGCAAGGCGUCGUGGGUCCCCCGGUGACCCUCAUCAUCAAGGCUCCCAACCAGAAGUACACCGACCAGACCAUCAGCUGCUUCCUGGACUGGACCGUGGGCAAGCUGAAAUCACACCUCUCUAAGGUGUACCCCAGCAAGCCGUCUACAAAGGAUCAGAGACUGGUGUAUUCUGGCAGACUGCUUCCUGAUCACCUGCAGCUGAAAGAUGUUCUCAGAAAACAAGAUGAAUAUCAUAUGGUUCAUCUGGUAUGUACUUCCCGGACACCCCCAAGUUCUCCAAAACCCAGCACCAGUAGAGGUGGUCACGGAGCUUCAACCUCCAGCAGUAGCUCAAAUAUGGACCAUUCUGGAUCAACUGCUGCCUCAUCCACAAACCAAGAAGCUUCAUCUACAUCUUUGAACACUAGUGCAGAUGGAGUGAGGCAUCGUAAUCUUCUACAAGCACAAAGCAAUCCCAUACCAAGCCACCAAUUCCCUUACUUAAUGCAAGGCAACAUAGGCAACCAGUUUCCAGGCCAAGGUAUACCUGCUGGAGGAUUUCCUAUGUAUCCUGCAUUCAGUCCCUUACAGAUGAUAUGGUGGCAACAAAUGUAUGCACGUCAGUACUACAUGCAAUACCAAGCUGCUGUUUCAGCCCAAGUGACUUCCAGCACUGAAUCAGUGAGAUCCGCAGUUGCUCAGGCUGUAAAUUCACAACGUGCUCCUGCAAAUGAGCCUGCAGCAGUGCCAAAUGUAGCCGUCCAAGAGAACAGGCCUGUAAACCAAAAUGUUCAGAUGAAUGCACAGGGAGGCCCAGUAGUUAAUGAGGAGGACUUCAACCGGGACUGGCUGGACUGGAUGUACACAUUCUCUAGAGCGGCUAUUCUUCUGAGCAUUGUAUACUUCUAUUCUUCCUUCAGUCGGUUUGUCAUGGUAAUGGGAGCCAUGCUACUGGUUUAUUUACACCAGGCUGGAUGGUUCCCCUUUAGGCAAGAGGGAGGCCAGCAACAGGCAGCCAAUAAUGUGGAAGGGAACCGUGAUGGGCAAAAUGCAAAUAAUCCUGAUCUUGAAGAGAUGGAACGACUUAUGGAUGAUGGGGUUGAUGAAGACAGUGGAGAAGAUGCAGGUGAAGAUGCCAAUAUAGAGCAGCAGCCUGGAUUCAUGGCUUCUGCUUGGUCCUUUAUUACAACUUUCUUCACAUCACUCAUCCCUGAAGGACCUCCGCAGGUUGGCAAUUAAAACGGAAGAGGAACUAUCAGGCAGUCUCAGUAGCCAUAAAUAGAAAUGGAGCAGAUUGUAGAUGGUUUUAAAUACAGUGCAAUUUCAGAAAAAUUUAUAUUGUUAUCUUUUUGAUCAUGGUGUACAAAAAUGUGUAUUUUUUGGCUUUCUCAUGCAUUGCAUAUUUUAAGCACAAGUGGACUACUAAAUGCUUUCUUAAAGAUUCUUCUUUUUCUGAAGAAUGAAAUGUAAAGAUAUUGGUCUUCCAUGUUUUGUUUUUAAUUUCAGAUGUGUGUUACACUGAGGCAAAAACCUUGUACUUAGUCUGCACCAUUGCCUCUUUAAAGAGCUGUUAAAAAUAUGAAUGUUGACAGACUUUUCCAAAUGCUGUCUAUUCAUCUGAAUAACUUCAAUGUAUCUUGUGUUAGCUUUAUGCAGGUAUGACUUAUAAUUUGGGAUUUGGAGUUUAUAUCAUUCCCAAAAGAAUGCUCUAAACACCAGGAUUACUUGCUAAUGGCAUGUUGUCUUCAUGCCACAAAAUACUAUGCCUCUUCUCAUAUCUUUAGAAAGCUAAAAACUUUUUCUUGAGGCUGUACUGAAGUUCAUUAAACUUGGAGAUGGUUGACAGCUCUUCAAAGAGAAUUAGUGGUAAUGGGAUAAACCUUAAAUGUUUGAUACAUACAGUACUUUUUUUUAAAAAAAAGCAUAGGUGUACUGGGGGAAAACAUGUAAAUUAGUUUUUUUAAUAAAAAUUUACGGUAACUUUUGGAUGUUUAUAUGCAUAUCUGAAUGCAAACAAAUAGUGCAUUGUGAAGGAUGAGGAUAUGAUUGAGAGUGGAAUAAAGUUAAUCAUGGUGGCAUUACUGAAA